AUGGAAGUAGCAAUUAAAACAUGCCCAAAGCAGCUGGAAGCAACAUACGUAAUGAUAAAACCCGAUGGUGUUAAGAGAAGAUUAGUUGGCGAGAUAUUGGCCAGAAUUGAGAGAAAGGGAUAUAACAUCUCUUACAUUCAGACCGACUUUGCCACUGAAGAAAUUCUUAAGGAGCACUACAAUGAGCUUGUCUCUAAGCCAUUCUUCCCUGGCAUUAUAAAAUACAUGACCAGCGGGCCAGUGAUUAAGCUGAUAGUCACAGGGCACGAGGUCGUCAAGGGCAUGAGAAAGAUUCUCGGUGCAACCAACCCAAGAGAAGCAGACGUAGGCACCAUUAGAGGUGAUCUUGCUAACUGCGUAGGAAAGAAUCUUUGCCAUGCAUCUGACUCAGUUGAGAAUGCAAAGAGAGAAAUCGGCAUAUGGAUAAACAAGGAGUUACUCCAAAAUGAAUUCCCAAUGGAUGACUAUAACAUGAUAUACGAGAAAUAA